AUGUUCCAACACCGCCUCGUAGUUCGCUACACACAACUCCUCUCGAGUGGUCUCCGCCGUCACAUUUAUCCCAGCGAACACCAACCAAUUUGCAUACGCCCGUUCUCCUCUCGCCAAUCCUCGCGCUACGAGAUCGCAUUUCAUAAAACUGAGGUUGUCUCAUUUUCAUGUCCACUCCACCCCUGGUCUCAAGAUCACAAAUGUGGCAUUGCGGACGCGGGUCGUUUGUUGCGGCACUCCUACGAAGAGGGGAUUGUCUGGACUUCUUCAUCGGGACUCUCAGAAGGGCGCCAGAACUAUCAGCAUCAGCGUCGGGAUCCGCAGUCAAACCAUCAGGCCCGAGGGGGCAUAGGUCCAAACAAUAGGACGGGAACGGGUUGGCCCGGCACCGCCUACUUCGAAAAACUCCUCAGCUUAACGACAGCUACAAUCCAGCUACAACAACUCCACAGAUCUUUGCACUCAAAUGUUCCAACACCGCCUCGUAGUUCGCUACACACAACUCUCUCGAGUGGUCUCCCGCCGUCACAUUUAUCCCAGCGAACACCAACCAAUUUGCAUACGCCCAAGUUCUCCUCUCGCCAAUCCUCGCGGCUGAGAUCGCAUUUCCAUAAGUUCGACUCACCGUAA